AUGAAGCUUCUCACCAUCAUUUCUGGCGUUGUGUCGCUGGUCACCACAGUCUUUGCCUACUCCAACCCUCUUCCUUGCAGUGGUGUCUGUGGCAAUGCUCACGAUCCUUCGCUGAUUCGUCGCGCAUCUGAUGGAACCUAUUUCCGUUUCUCGACUGGUGGCGGUAUCGCCGUCCACACUGCUUCCAGCGCCCAAGGUCCCUGGGUCUAUAAGGGUCAGGUAUUGCCUAACGGCGCAAAUGUAAACAACGCUGGAAAGACCGACCUGUGGGCUCCUGAUGUGACCUUGGUCGGCAACACCUACUACCUCUACUACACUGCCAGUCAAUUUGGUACUCAGAACUCUGUCAUCGGUCUCGCUACUUCGUCAUCUUUGGAUGUCGGCACCUGGUCUGAUAAGGGCUCCACUGGUAUUUCUUCCGACAGCAGCAAGUCAUACAAUGCUAUUGACGCCAACCUCAUCAAAGUUGGUUCGCAAUACCUGAUGAACUUUGGCUCUUUCUGGCACGAUAUCUACCAGGUCGAGAUGAACACCACCCCCAAUACUGUCAACUCGCAGGCCGGCGGCGCCUACAACACCAUUUUCAAGCCCGCUGGCACCCACGACGUUGAAGGCUCGUACAUGAUCAACUACAACGGCGGCUACUAUAUGUUUUUCAGCGAAGGCAGCUGCUGCAACCUGGACAAGAACCGCCCUGCCGCUGGUCAGGAGUACAAGAUCAAGGUCUGCAGAUCCAACUCUGCUACCGGUGGUUUCGUGGAUCAGAGCGGCGUAAGCUGCACCAACGGCGGUGGUACUCUUGUUCUGCCUUCGCACGGAACCAUCUACGCUCCUGGCGGUCAGGGUGUCUACAACGAUCCUAGCUUGGGAUGGAUUUUGUACUAUCACUAUGUUGAUACUACCAUUGGUUAUGCUGAUAGCCAAAAGCUCUUUGGUGUUAACAAGAUCAAGUGGGUUAACGGAUGGCCUACUGUUUAA